GGCUCCCGUCUAUAUCUUACUACUUCACCAUGCUACAUAGAAAUAAGAAGACAUAUAUUCAGAUUUGUUGCACCAGAGUCGCUGCUCUAUCAAACUCACAACGAUCUGAGCUUAAUGUGGAACCUGGGAGUGUUCAUGUGGCAGAUCUGCACUGACUGUCGCCAUGUUCCCUUCUUCCAGCACCGUAACCGGCAGUCAUUCCUUGAAGCGAUUUUCUCGUAUGAUCUCGUACUGAUGGAUAGUGACAAGAAUUCCUCCUCUGAUGAAUUGGAACUGUUGAACAGUGAAAUGAAGGUGCCGCAAUGUAUAAGGAAUUCCUCCUCUGAUGAAUUGGAACAGUUGAACAGUGAAAUGAAGGUGCCGCAAUGUAUAAGGUCCGAGCCGUCUGACGAUGAUCAGUCUCAACGACAGAAGGCGACAUCGGGUCGCCGAGGCCGACACUGGAUACAAGAAAUCAUUCGGUACACGAUUUACAAGCGCGAUUGCGCGAUUUACUCAAUGAUUAUGAAUGCAACC